AUGUUGUGGUCGUACCUUGAGACAUACAGUGACGGCGGCGAAGAUAUGGUGGGAGAUGGUGGAGGUCGGCAAUGGCGAGUUUUGUGGUCGACCGCCGGCGGGUCUGUGGUGGCGGCGGAGUUGGUUGAGGGAUGGCAGCGGCGGCGAACUUUGACGCGGAGGAAGGCAGUUGGUGGAGGUGGCGGCGGCCGUCGAUCGCCGGCGAGGGUCAUGGUGCCACCCUACAGUGCCGAGCCGCAUCACCGACACACAGCUCCAUCCCUGGUCAUCCAAAACGGCACCGAUGAUCCACUCGCCGCCGUCCGAUCCUCAUUUGGUCUCAUGGAUGUCACCGGCGGCUGCCCGCUAGUUCUCCUUUCUCGGCAAGGCCUGGUCGACGUGGAGCUGCGGUUAUGGAUUGAAGAUCGCUGA